UAAAAAAACCCUAACUUUCCUUAAAAAAACAAUUGCAGUCUCUCCGUUCGUUAUCCAUAUCAUGGCAGAACUUGAUCAGAUUUAUGAACCUGAACAAGUUCAAGAACUUGAAUAUCAACCUGAACAAGCUCAAGAACUUGAAUAUCAACCCGAACAAGCUCAAGAACUUGAAUAUCAACCCGAACAAGCUCAAGAACUUGAAUAUCAACCCGAACUUGUGCACGAACAUGAAUAUCAACCUGAACAAGAACUUGAACAUGUAGAAGAACUUGAACAAGAACACGAACAUGUGCAUGAACCUGAAGAACAAAAUGAACCAGAAGAUGGAAUUCAGGAGAAUUUACAUCCCGAUGAAAAACAAGACCAUGAAGAUGACCCAGUUUCUGGCGGUAGUAAAAAAUGGCCUGGUUGGCCUGGAGAAAGUAUUUUCAGGAUGUUGGUCCCUGCACAGAAGGUUGGUAGUAUAAUUGGACGUAAAGGAGAAUAUAUAAAGAAGACCUGUGAAGAGACAAAAGCUAGGAUUAAGAUUCUUGAUGGUCCUCCAGGAACGAGAGAGAGAGCUGUUAUGGUGUCUGCUAAGGAAGAGCCAGAUUCUCCUCUUCCACCAGCUGUGGAUGGUCUUCUUAGGGUUCACGAACGUGUUGUGGAUGGACUUGAGAAUGAUUCCUCUAAUCCUCCAUCAGCCGUAGGUGGAAAGGUCUCCACGAGACUGCUCGUACCGGCUGCUCAAGCUGGAAGUUUGAUUGGGAAGCAAGGCACCACUGUCAAAUCCAUUCAAGAAGAUUCUAAUUGCAUUGUUAGAGUUCUUGGAUCAGAAGAGCUACCGAUUUUUGCCCUUCAAGACGAUAGAGUAGUAGAGGUAGUAGGUGAGCCUGCAAACCUUCACAAGGCUGUCGAAUUAAUCGCUUCCCAUCUGAGAAAAUUUCUAGUCGAUCGGAGCAUAGUAUCUCUAAUCGAAAUGCAAAUGCAAACGCCGCCUAACCAAAACCAACAUAUGGAACACAUGCCUCCUCCUAACCAGCACUGGGGCCCACCGCCUCAAUCUUUUCCACCACAGCAUGGACAUGGUCCACAUGGACAUGGGCAUGGUGGUCCUGGAUAUGGAGCUAGUCCUCGUUUUAUGCCGCCUCCUUCUAGGCAGUUUGAUGGUUAUUAUCCUCCUGCUGACAUGGCGCCUCCACCUGAAAAUCAACCUCCUCAUCAAGGUAUAUCUGCCUAUGGAAGAGAAGCACCUAUGCCUGUUCAUUCAUCGUCCAAUCAGGCGGCUCCAUCUGUAAUCACUCAGAUGACGCAGCAAAUGCAAAUUCCACUAUCAUAUGCGGAUGCGGUGAUUGGUACACAAGGUGCAAGUAUAAGUUACAUAAGGAGAGUGAGUGGUGCUACAAUUACCAUACAAGAAUCGAGGGGUGCUCCCGGUGAGAUGACCGUUGAGAUUAGUGGUACGGCUUCGCAAGCCCAAGCUGCUCAACAAUUGAUUCAGAAUUUCAUGGCUGAAGCUGCUGCAAACCAAAGCCAAUCUCAGACACAGCAGCAGCAGCAUGCUCCGUCAGCUGAUCAAGGUUACAACAACUCUUACGGUCAGCAAUCUCACGGUUCAAUGUACACUUCUCCCCCUUCAAACCCUAAUCACGGUGGUCAAACUGGCGGCUACGGUUCUGUUUAUGGAACCAAUUAUGGUUAUUGAGAUAAAAAGGUGCCCUUUUUAUUUAAUUUUUUUUACUACUGUCUUCUUGCCUAGAUAAUAUAAUAACCAUCCCUUUGUCAAUUGGAAGUAUUGCACUUUCAUUUCCAUAUUAGAUAUUUGAAAAAAACAAACUUCACCGUUCGAUCAUAUAUUAUUGUUGUUUUCUUGCUCGUGUUA